AGGCGGCGAGCACUACACAGGACGACGAGGGAAACCCCGCCGCAACGCGGCUACGCCGAAACUGCCGCCCCGGCGCUCUCCAGCUCGUCUGCACUCACCUACCGAGCUGGAGAUGAUGUCCGCGUUGGGGGCGUUGGGGGGGCCGCGUCCGCGCCGUCGUGCGCUUUCCCCCAUGCGAAUACGGUGCCUCGAUGCCUCGCGCACGCGAGAUCCCCACAGCGGGACUGUGUCGCGGGCUGACAUGCUCAAGCGAUAGCUAGGAGCGUGCUCAGUCGGAAGCAGCUCAUCGAGACGGCAGGUACAUACCUCAAAACUGCUUGCGAGCGAAACAGACGAUUCGUCCGAAACCGACAUGAUGAAAAUCGUCAGCAAUCCACCCGGCUUCGAGUCUGCUGGCCAUCCCCGCCACGCCGCGCCCCGCACCUGUGAAGUCGGCGUCGCGGCGGCUUGCUCGCGCGGCGCCCAAAGGAAGACACGUCGGCUAACUCGCGUUUCGACACCAGUUGCGGUCCGUACGACGACAGCUGCAUCCACGCCGCCCCCCUCGACCUUCGACACGGCGCAACUGGAGCAGGGAACGAGUCAGCUGCGAGACUCGUACGGAUCCGACAGGCAGACGAUGUCAGUACGUGCUCGCGCGGCCGGGGACGAGCUCACCGCUCUCGGAGGAGCUGAAGAGGGUGGAGUGAGGAGGGGGACGGAUGGCUGCACCCCAAGGUACAAGCCAGGUAUUUAUGCGACGCCGCCGUCGCUUAAUACCAGCCCCCAUGUCCCCACACACAGGCCCCGCUCCGCCCUCCAGGCUCUCGGCCCCCGCGCCCUCGCCCGCUCACACCCCAUCUGCUCUCGGCUACGGAUGCCCCGGCACACACAUGCGAGAGCGAGAGCGAGCGCCGCACCGGACACCCGCGGCAUGUGCUUCAGCGUCCGUAUGCGCGUACUUGCUCAUUUCGUACACGGCCACGCCGCGUCGUUGGCGACGGAGUGUGCGCCCUUCGGACGCGUCUCACGGCGGCGCUGGGGCGCAUCCGAAUCGCGUAUCGAGCGAGACCCACCGCGCGACCCGGUCGGGAGCGGACGAGCCCGCGGAUGGCAGGUGAACCUCCGGGACGUUUCCCCGUGCGCUGACGGCUUUCUGCGCACAGUAGGAUCCAGGGCGAGUGCGGCGCAUCUGCGUACACUAUCCCCCGCGUGCUCGAGUCCUCGAAACGAAGGGAAACGCUUGCGGUGCGACAAGCUUCGAGCUACGCCGUCUUUUGUGUGCAGCGGCCUCGGCACGCACGGAUAUUGCACGGGAACUCCGCCGUCGACGUCCCGGAGACACCCUGUUUCGUGUGCGGCCAUCCCCACCGUCUUCACGCACUAGGACGACGCGAAAUCCGGCUGCCAAGAUGUGCGAACCCGGGCAACGCUCGC